AUGCCAACGUCUCGAUUCAACCCAGAGCUUGCAGCCGAGCGCCAUAACAAGAUCCUCGAGCUUGGAUGGAUCGGAUCCGGACGAGAACUCAAUUCACUCCCUUCGACGACAUGGUGGGAGCACUUUUCUCCAAUCUCAUUCGACCUGGCAUGUCGUUUAAAGCCCAAACUCAUCCGGUUCCUACGAUCGGCCAAAGUCGGUAUCUAUGAUGACCAGAAGUUUCAUCUUUUCUUUCAUGUCAGGGGCCUUUUCCAUAAGGACUGGCUCUUUCUCUCGGAAGACGGCUGGAUGUGUGACUUGCCGCGUGAUCGUUAUAUCUCGCUAUAUUACUCUUCAGGCUCGCACAGUGAUGAGGAAGUCGGUAUCGUAUUCGACCAAGAGACUGAAUUAGUCUCUUUCAUUCCGCUAUGGGAUUACCUUUACACGAGUACCAAAGGAGAUUGGCCGUGGAUACCCUUGCAAGAUAUCUUCCAGGCCUAUCUGGACAUGAUCCAGGAUAAGAAAGUUACGACCUAUUCGGAUAUUGAUGGCGAAACCACGAGGUGGUUAUGUCAAAAAUUUCCCUGGGAGAUUCAUCAACACACUUCCAUAGAUGUUGAGAGGGCUAUAAGUGCGUUCACUCGUCUACUCGAUGCUAUCGAAUGUCGGCUCCCUCAAAAGUCGCAGCGCGCUCCAUCUUCGCAGCUCCGUGAGAAUUCAGAACAACAUACGGAAGCCCAGAGCGAUCAACAGAUAUAUUUCCCAUACACGGACUCGGUACUAGAUAACUCAUUUGUACGAGACAACUCUUUCGCGCGAGCGUUUCUGUCUACGCUUCCUGCCCGCCAUGUCAGCUUCCGUUGCAUCGCCCCGGGAAUACAGAUCCAAAGCCCAACAGAGUUCAUGAGCCAACCUUUCGCCGAUCGUCGGGACAAUUAUGACCGACAGUUCUACCGGAGAGAUGAAAAUCCACCGUCCAUCCCUCUCCUUCUAUUAAGAGGUAAAGGGGAGAACAAGUCGCCCUGGGUUCGGCCGUGGUUUCCAGACGGAAUUGUCGAGGAUAUAUCUAGCGGGUUAUACAUCGAACCUCCUGAGGAUUGGCGGCCAGAAGAUUCAGGGAAUGAGACUCGAUUACUGCUGCCGUUUGCGAUUGGCAAGAAUAAGUUUGCACGGAGUUCUGAAGGGCGUUUUAUCGGGAGGUGGGGAUCAGGAAAUGACACUGAUGGCCUUUAUAGAGUAUCUUUUGCUAGUGGCAUCAUGCCGUUGGACUCAUUUAGUUCGCAUAUUCAUAGGGUAUUGUUGAAUUGGGCCGAGCGGGUUAAAAAUGGGGACUGGGAGGUGAAUGAGGACGGUGUUGCUGCUGGGAUUGAGAAGUUCAAGGACGCUGAUACUCAGGAGCACUGGAAGAAGUACCACAUACCCUGGCCGGCUUGA